UAUCUCUUUUUUCCAGGUACAAUGACUGAAAUCACUCUAAGUAACGGCGUGAAAAUGCCUUCAGUACUUCUGGGUACCUAUAGAACCCGGGGACCUGCUGCUGUUGAAUUAUCGGUGAAAUCAGCUCUAGAGAGUGGCUACCUUGGUAUAGAUACAGCAGCGGUCUAUAGAAAUCAUAAGGAUAUUGCAGGAACCCUUGCUAAAACUUUGCCAGGCCUAAAUCUUUCUCGUAGAGACAUAUUUCUUACGUCAAAACUAUCUCCUCAAGACCAUGGAACAGAAAAAUGCAAGGAUGGAAUAUUGAAGUGUUUAGAUGAAUUAGAAACUGAUUAUCUUGAUCUGUUUCUUAUUCACUGGCCUGGGGUUCAGAAACUUCAAUUAGAUGAUCCUCAAAACAAACUUUUAAGAGCUGAGAGUUGGAGAGUUCUCGAAGAUUUUUACAAAUCUGGAAAACUUCGAUCCAUUGGAGUAUCUAACUAUACCGUUCAGCAUUUGGAACACUUGAUGGAACACUGUACAGUUGUUCCUCAUGUAAAUCAGGUUGAGCUUCAUCCUCACUAUCCCCAGGAUGAUCUAGUUAAAUUCUGUUCAACACAUUCUAUACAUCUUCAGGCCUACAGCUCACUGGGACAAAACGGCGUAUCAGGCAAAUUGUUAUCGUCUAAAUCUGUUCUUGAAAUAGCCUCCAACAUAGAUAAAACUCCAGCUCAGGUGUUGCUGAAGUGGGGAGUUCUCAGAGGAUUCUCCGUCCUACCCAAGAGUACCAACCCAGAGCAUAUCAAACUUAAUUUGAACCUGGAUUUUCAUAUAUCAGACCUUGACAUGACCACCUUGAACAAUCUACACUGUACAGAGUUUGAAAAGUACGCGUGGGACCCUGCUAAUAUUAUCUGAUUUCAGA